AUGAGCUUAAAUACUGCAGCUAAAAUUGCUAAAGUAAACAAAACAUUCUUGUCCAGGAAAAACCCAACUGCUAAUAUUUCACUGGAGUUACGAUCAAUUUUGCAUUCUUUACAAAAAGUCCCAAUUAGAAAAUCAAACUCAAGUACAAUAUAUGAAUACUUCAAUGCUUGUUUAAUUAACCGAUAUUGGUUAGGUGCUAGGUUUGUUUGGUACAAGUAUGUUGUUAGAUCUGGGGCACUGACCUUGAAACCCUGGCAACUAUCUGUUCUGGGUAAUAUGUCAGUUGCAGCAGAUAAUUAUUUUAUUCCACCAGCUACUGUAAAAUAUUACGAGCGUUUUGGUAAAGUAAACGGAUCAACAGAAUAUGAAUAUUUCAUUCGACGAAACAAGGUGGAAGCCUUUGCCAAGGGUACUUUAGAGAAGACUCAAUUUCGUGAAAAAUGGAAAGUCUUUAUACAAGAUAUGGAUAACGUGUUACCCCCCACAGUUGAAUAUAAAGUUCAAGAUUUUCCAUGGUUGGUGACCUCUUUAAAAUAUCAAAUAGCUACAGAAGCCGUUUUAAAAAAAUUAUUGUUUGGAGUAGGUACAAAGAUCCAAGUCCAUAACAAAUCAUCUUAUUCUUUGCUUUUGAGCAUUAUACUAUUACAAGAUUUAAUCACUAUUGAUUCCAAAGUCCAAAUAUUUGAAACUUUUGCCAAACUCCAUAGAAAAGUAGAUUUAGCUGAUCAUUACAAGAUUCUAAAUAAAAUUUGUAAGAAGGAUAAGUUUCUACUUAAUCGUGUAAAUACAAUAUAUGCAGAGUCUACAAAUCGUGCGUAA